CGCCGCAACGACAGAGAUAUCACUUUAAGAGAGCAUCGCUUCCCUCUUGUGGACGCCGUGAGUUAAGAACUCGUCUCGUAGUUUCAGGAAAGCUGUCGUGUUUUUAUGCAUAUAUAUACACAUUUAUAAAUGGUGUUUUCACGAUGACAUUCACGAUAAAGGAAUUUCCGUCAACUAGCCAAGCCAGCGUGGAGGGUCAGCGCCUACAAAUGUAGUGUUAUUUACGGCGAGGUGUCGUCAGGAGCCGCACACCCCCUACGGGUCUGACAACGAGGCGAGCUGCGUGCAUUUUAUAAUCGUAAAAAUUAAAGUAAGAUUGUCUUAUCGCGCAGGAACGGAUUUAUUUAUACGAUCGCUCGACAGAUUUUCAAAUGUACUAGCGCGCCAUUUCACUCGCUGUAGUAUAUGUUUGUGUUUUUUUUGCCGGCGACUUUUGUAUUUAAUUUUAUUUUUUCGCUUUAUACCUGCGUUUGUCAUUGCACUUGUUGACUUUUCAAAAUCUUCUGGGUUUGAAUUUUUAUGCGGCAGCUCUCGGUCGGAUUUCCACUGGACCAAUAUUGUUUUUCGUAUUUUUUUUAACCCAAUAGAGUACCCCCCCCUCCCCAUACUCCCCCGACCAGCCAGUGUUUUUAACAAAUGGAGGACUAUGCACCGCAGCACUUUAUACUGUUUAUUACAGUUUUUGUCGUCUUUAAAAAUACAAUGUAAGACAUUAACUACGGUUGCCUGAGUUGAGUCCGCACAAGUGGGAUUUUUCCAGCGCGGUACAUAAAUGUUUUUACGGGCAUUUUCUUUUGCCAUUUUGUACAAUUUUUGAUACGUCUGUGUUUUUUUUUUUUUUUUUUUUACAAUAAAGUUUUUUUUUUUCUAGUUGGUACGCUUUACGCUUUACUUUUGGAGGAGAGAAACCUACGUGCAUUAUAACGCCAUUCUUCUGAAUUUCUGUUGCAUCUGGGGACGAGGGAAGGAAGCGGAAUGUAUGUAGUUAUUUUGUAGAUGUUUCUGUUUUUUAAUAGAGCUUGAUCACUCACUCAGAACAUGUCUAAUGUCUAAAUCUGCUGCGAGGGGGAGCCCCGAGUGUCGCUGACUUUCCCUGGAAGCACAGCGGAGGCGCGGUACGUCUGUUCUGGGGGCAGCGCCUGGGACUCUGACUCCGCGUCGACAGGCGACCGACCGAAAUUACAGCCACCUGUACGGCCAGCGAACUUCUCACGGUCCGCUUUAGCCGCCAGCAUUAGCCGGCCACUCGGACAACUCGUCGCAACACCUUUGGACGCUGACCUGAUGAUUUUGCUGCGCAAAAUGGAUUGCUUUUUUUGUACUUUUUUAUAAAUAAAUUAAUUUUUUUAAAGAGUAGACGCGUAUUCCGGGCAAAGCGAACUUUUGAACCCCUCCGCGGCCCUCGCCAUGUCCGGAUCCCCGGGCUCGGCUGGGUCCAACCCACGGAAGUUCAGCGAGAAGAUCGCCCUGCACAACCAAAAGCAGGCCGAGGAGACGCGGGCCUUCGAGCAGCUGAUGACGGACCUGACUGUCUCCAGGGUGCAGUUCCAGAAAAUCCAGCAGCUUCGCCUCUCUCAGACUCGCGCACAGUACUAUGGCGGCUCGCUGCCCAACGUCAAUCAGAUCGGCACCGUCAACACGGACUUCCAGGGCACGUUCCCCACGAGCCCGGACGUUGUGCGGGGUACCCGGCACCAUGGCCUCGUGGAGAGGGUCCACCGAGAGCGCAGCCGUGUGAACUCGCCUCACCGCCGGCCCAUGGACAAGCACGGACGGCAGGUGGAGAGCUCCCCCUAUGGAAAUGCCUACCUGUCUCCUCCCCCGGACAACAGCUGGCGAAGGGAUCAGCAGCCCUGGAGCGAAGAGAAACGGCAUGGAUUUAGAUUAAUGUCGCAGCUCAACAGGACAAACUCGGACUCCGCCCUACACACGAGCGCCAUGAACCCCAACCCUCAGGACCCGUUUGGGCAGGAGCAGCAGUUGUGCCGGGUGCCUCCCCAGCGUAACGCUAGCAUGAACGAGGCAGAUGCGGACGGCCCCCGGGACGUUUUCUCCUUCCCUGCCUUGGCGAGUGAGGAAGGCCUCCGCGGAGUCAGCAAACCCCUGCCCAAGCAACUGUGGGAGGCCAAGAAGGUUCAGUCCCUGUCUUCUCGGCCCAAAUCCUGUGAAGUGCCUGGAAUCAGCAUUUUCCCAUCUCCGGAGCAGAGCAUGGGGCUCUCCCACUACCAGGGGACGCUGAACACGGGGGGGUCGCUGCCAGACCUCAGCAACCUGCACUUCCCCUCCCCCUUGCCCACCCCCCUGGACCCCGAGGAUGGCAGGUACCCCUCUCUGAGUGGGGGCAGCAGCACGGGCAACCUGCCGGCAGCCAUGAUGCACCUGGGCAUCGGCAACUCGCAGGGUCUCUCGUCCUCCCUGAGUAAUCCCUCCAUCCACUCGUCCCUGCGGCUCUCCUCGCUCUCCGCCUCCCCCCCGGGGGCCCUGAACAGUUCGCCUCGGCGCCGGCCAGCCCCCAUCAGCCCCCUCACUCUGUCCCCCGGCUCGGAGCCGCGCCGGAGCCUGGGCAAGCCGCUGUCCCCCACCAUGUCCCCGUCCCUGUCCCCCAUCACCCAAGGGGUUGCCUUGGACACCAGCAGGCUGCCGAUGGAGCCACCCCCCCCCUACCCCAUGUACAAACAGUCCCACCCAGCGGUGCAGCAGAGCUCACAACGCACCCCCCAGGCCAUGUCGCCGCUCUCCAGCCUCCCGCUGGACUUCAACACCAACAGCCAGCAGAACAACAUGGCGAGCUUCUUCAGCGACCCCUUCAUGGAGCCGCAGGGUCCCGGCUGCCAGUCCCAGUCCAAGGCACUGUCUUAUCAGCUCGAGCAGUUUGGCAUGCUUGACUGUGGGAUGGGCUCUGUGGGAGGAGCCUCCUGCCUGGACCCCGGCUCCAGCCUCUACUACUCCCAGGCAGCCCUGAUGGGUUUGGACGGCGGCCAGAGCAACAUGCAGGACUCGCUGCAGACCAGGCAGAACAUGCUUUACUCCAACUGCGGCGGAGGCGUGCCCAACAUCAUCCUGACAGACGACUCGAACCCGAGCCAAUCCAAGGACAUCAGCAGGGCUCUGUCAGCCGUGCCGGAGUGCUUCGACUCGGAGGGCGGCUUCCCGCUGGAGGAUGAGCUGCGGAUCGAGCCGCUCAGCCUGGAUGGGCUCAGCAUGCUGAGCGACCCAGACAUGGUCCUGCCCGACCCAUCUGUGGAAGACAGCUUCCGCAGCGACCGGCUCUGAGUUCACGCGCGCCCUUGUGUGUGAUGACCUGGCUGCUUUGUGAAUGAAUCUCUGUCUGAUCCGCUCAGUGUGCGGAUUAGUGCAUCAACACACUCUGUACACAGCAGCUUAACCGGGCCAAGCUCUCGGUUCUGGCGAUUCGAUUCCCAACUUUAUUUCAUUUGGACGGAGCCGUUCAGUGUCCCUGGCGAGGUAAACGCAUGCAGGCGGAGGGCUAGUCCCUUGGGGCUUCCCCGGUUCUGCUCGAUGACGGGACACAGCGUCUCGGUACUUCUCAUACUUCUAAAAUAACGGCCGCAUCGCGUGCUGAGACCUCUGCUGCACCCAAACCGUCCUCUUGCAUAACCUCUCCUGCCCCCUGCUGGCUGAACGUGUGUAGAAGAUGUCACGUGGAUUGACACGUCACUAGAUCCUUUCUGAUGAGCAGCCACGUGUCCUGGUGGUCCACAAGUCCAAACCUCGGAGGCAGCAGCAGGGUUUAGGAGAAUGUGGCAGGACAGGAAUCGAGCUUGGAGGUCGUAACUAGGCCUGCGUACUAAGAUCUGCAAAAGAGAUUACAGCCACCAGCCAUCUUUUCCCAGCUAAAAGAAUUUCUAAUUUCACAACAAGAUGAGGCAAAAAAAAAAGUCAUUUGCAAGUGAAAAAGGCUAUUUCUGUACAGAGCGUUAUUUUUGCAUAUAUAUUUUGUUAAAAUGUUUGCCUGUGACACCUUUACAGUCUAUUUCGAAUGUAUUUUUACAACCGGCAAAAAGGGCAAAAGCUGUUUACAACUGAAAAAUGAAAAAACAAGAUACUAGUGUUUCCUUGGAGUUUCUAGGGCAGUUUUGAUAUAACAAUUUAAAGGAACUUCUUUUAAAUGUGUCGUCUGCUUGUCUUGUCUGAGUAGGUGUGACUCCGAUUCCACACCCCCCAGACUCGCCGUGCCGGGAGGGUACAAACCUGGCUAUGCAUGAGAGGGGCACUGCACUGGGGCAGGAAGGACUUGUACCCCAAACUAAGUGAUUUUACUCCCUAUGCUAUUAGUAUAUACCUAUCUAUAUACCAUAUAUAUUUCUCAUUUUUACACAGCCGUGGUAUCACUGCUUACACCCCGUCACACACUGCAGUAUCGCGCCUCUCUCUCCUCCUGGGAGAUGCAGAGACUUGCUGUCUGCCUGCCUGUUUUUAAUGUAAUGUGAAAGUCCCGAUUUUCAGCAAAAAAAAAAUGUUUUUCAAUAAAACCAUAGUUUUAUUCCCCAUACAGUGGGAGCCACUUUUUGUGACUUAGGGCUUAACUUCAAUUAAAAGCCAAAUAAAUUGAGUUUAAGGCUUCCUAUUAAGACGAUUAUAUUUGAAACCUUUUUAAAUAGUGCUACUGAGCUCAUUAUGUAGCUCUUCAGCGCCUCCUGGUGUCCACUGUCUGUUAGGUCAAUUCUGUCACUACAUUGAUAUUGUGGCAGAAUCUGAGCCCGUUUUACACUGAAGGAAUAAAAAGUAAAAAUCACAAACAGAACUGAGCAGAUCAGGCUGUGAAAUUGCAGACCGGUGCUGCAGUCUAGCUGUGAAUGUGACAGCAGAUGUUAACAGACAGGCUGCUGACUCUCUUUGGGAGGUUUAUUUUAAUUUUCUUGUCAUUUUAUUGUGUUUUACUGACGAUGCUGUAAGUGGUCAGUCAGCUUCUGCUUGCUGAGCUGAAGUCCCAGUUUUUCUCUCUCCGCUUCCCCAAACUUAAAGAUGUUUUUGAGGUCAGGUGUUCUGUUGUGGAAUUUGCCCCUAAAUGCCACCCCUAUUCUGAUUUGAUAUUGUUAAACCUUUACAAUAAUAAUUCUCUCCUGCCCUAUAUUUGCCCCCCUAACAGGCAGAGAUCCUGCUCUGUCGCCCACCUCUUCUCUUGCCUUACUCUGCUGAACUUUGACCCCCCAGUACCCACUCUGCUCGCAGUGUGACCUGUCAGUUGCUUGUCUUGGUCUAUCUCUGGAUCCUCACGAUUGCUACGGCGGUCUUUCAUUGCUGGUAGUACUCUUACUGUCAUCCCUUUGGUUCUAGAAGGAAUUUCCUGUCCCUUGUUUUGUACGGUGUCUUGUGUUUCUAGUUUUCUUUUAAAACAAUGUACAGUUCUAUUAUUUAAAUAAUGUUUCUUGUCCACUAGUGUUACUUUUUUGUAAUGUCAUUUAAAUCUUUCUUUUUCAGAUAUUAAAGUUUUAAUACACAAAGCAUUUGGAUUGUGAUAUGUUAUAGUGCUUAACUUUGAUUUAAUAUAAACAAUAAAAAUAUAUACGCAGAACUUUAAA